CUUUUAUUGUGAAGGGGUGGGACGGAAAGCGUGGGGUUGCUUGUAGAGCACAGGCUAGCCAAGAUGGCGGAGUACUUGGCGUCGAUUUUUGGGACAGAGAAAGACAAAGUAAAUUGCUCCUUUUAUUUUAAAAUUGGUGCCUGUCGACAUGGUGACCGCUGUUCCAGAUUACACAAUAAACCCACUUUCAGCCAGACCAUCGCCCUCCUGAACAUUUACCGCAACCCUCAGAACAGCGCCCAGUCUGCUGAUGGCCUCACCUGUGCCAUCAGUGACAUGGAAAUGCAGGAGCACUAUGAUGAGUUUUUCGAGGAGGUCUUCACAGAAAUGGAGGAGAAGUAUGGCGAGGUGGAGGAAAUGAAUGUGUGCGACAACCUGGGAGACCACCUUGUGGGGAACGUAUAUGUUAAGUUCCGUUGUGAGGAGGAUGCUGAGAAAGCCGUGAUCGACCUGAACAAUCGCUGGUUCAACGGGCAGCCCAUCCAUGCUGAGCUUUCUCCUGUCACAGACUUCAGGGAAGCUUGCUGUCGCCAGUAUGAAAUGGGGGAAUGCACUCGAGGUGGCUUCUGCAAUUUCAUGCAUCUGAAGCCCAUCUCUCGUGAGCUGAGGAGAGAGUUGUAUGGACGUCGCCGGAAGGGAGGUGUAGCCGUCACAGGUCCCGGUCACGCUCCAGAGACCGGCGAUCCCGCUCAAGGGACCGGGACAGAGGAGGCCGAGGGGGCGGACGCGACCACGAUAGACGCCGCUCCAGGGAUAGAGAGCGUUCGGGACGUUUCUGAACCACAAGCCAGGACAACUUGCUUCCUUGUACCAUUCUCACCAAUUGUUGUUUUUGCCUCUCUCUCUCUCUUUUUUUUUCUUCUUCUUUUUUUAAAUUUUUUAAAAGUUUGUACCCUCCCGCUUAUAUUGUAGGAAGAAUUGAGUGGUGCCAGAUGUUGAAGCUGUGACGGCUGUAAGUAACUUGUUAUGUUCUGAAAUGACUUUCACCCCAUUAAAAUUUUUAUGUAAUGAUG